AUGUCCCUGAAAAAGCUCGCACCCGACAGCUAUCGAGUGGGAUGGAUUUGUCCCCUAGAAGUUGAACAGACCGCGGCAAUGGAGAUGCUAGACGAAGAGCACGAGCCUCUCAAGCAAUCCGCUACCGACCACAACGUCUAUAAGCUCGGCAGCAUCCAUGGCCAUAACGUUGUAAUCGCCGGCCUUCCCCAAACCGGCAACUGCUCUACGGCCACAGUUGUCACACAGAUGAGAAUGACAUUUAAGAAGCUUAGAUAUGGUUUGCUAGUUGGCAUUGGCGGCGGUGUACCAGUAGAGACGGAUAACGGAAUAAUCAGACUGGGGCAUGUGGUUGUCAGCAAGCCGACCGGCGAACACUCUGGAGCAAUACAAUAUGAUCACGGCAAAGCAAUAGAUGGCUUUAUUGAGCGUACCGGCUCUCUUAUGCCCCCGCCUGCUGCAUUCUUAAACGCUGCACAAGCCUUGGCUGUGGAACAAUCCAGGUCAGAUAAUGAUCCUAUUUGGGAGAAUACACAAAGGAUCCGGACGCAACGUCGAGGUUUGCGACGCUUUAAAUUCCCAGGCACCGCGAACGAUUAUCUUUAUCAGUCAGAUUAUAACCACCAACAGAUGGGAAUGACUUGCGAGAAAGGAUGCAGUCCGGAGCAGCGGAUUGAACGACCAGUGGAAGAAGACGAUGAGUGUUUUAUUGUUGUGCAUCGAGGCACGAUAGCGUCCGGGGAGCUGGUGAUCAAGGAUGCAAAGAAGAGGGACUUUUUGGCUCAAAAAUACAACCUCCUAUGCUUUGAGACGGAGGCCGCAGGAGCACUUACCGAUUUUCCUUGCUUGGUUAUUCGAGGCAUUUCCGACUAUUGCGAUUCCCACAAGAACAACAACUGGCAUGGUUUUGCGGCGGCGGCGGCUGCGGCUUAUGCCAGACGGUUAUUUUUUCACAUGUCCACCGAAUUGGAAGAGGAGACAUCUAUCAAGCCAACUGCUUUCGAUCUCCAGUCAUAUUUACCAGGCAUUACUCAAAUUUCAAAGUUCGUUGCAAGAAAAGAAGAGCUGAAAGAGAUGCAAGAAGCUCUCCAACCCGCAGUUCGGCCCCACCGGCGUCGUGCUGUUGUUCUCCAUGGAUUGGGAGGUAUAGGCAAGACGCAGCUGGCACUUGAGUAUGCUCAGCGGCAUCAUGAACACUACUCGACGAGGAUUUGGCUAGAGGCGAGAAAUGAAACAACGAUAAAUCAAAGCUUCAGCCGAUUAGCAGAACGGAUCCUUGAGAAAGAGCAAGUAACUUACAUUCAGACUGCUUUGGAAAGCCAAGAUCAAAGCAUCAUUCUGAAAGCAGUGAAAAGGUGGCUAGAUGAGCCUGCCAACAAAUCAUGGUUGAUUAUUUAUGACAACUAUGACUAUCACGAUUUGGAUAAUGUUCAUGCAGAGGACGAAGAGUUUUUGGGUACCUCUAGUCAAAAGACUCUCUCCAUGAAUCCCGGGGGCCAAAAGAAGGAGGUGAGAUCGCAGUCUUACGAUAUUCGCAAGUAUUUCCCCGAGGCCGACCAUGGCACCAUUCUCAUAACCAGUCGAGUAUCGUCAAGGAAGUUAGGACGGCCUAUUGAAAUAGGCAAAUUGAACAGUCUCGAUGAUUGUCUAGAGAUUCUAGCUUCAACCUCCGGCCGAAACAUAAUUGACGAUCCGGCAGCUGUCGAUCUUGCGAUGCGGCUCGAUGGGCUUCCUCUUGCCCUUGCAUCAGCCGGAGCUUACCUGAGACAAGCGCCUAUCAGUUGCACCGAAUACCUUCAGGACUAUGAAAAGUCUUGGGUGGAGUUGCAUAAAAAUACCAAAGACCUAGAAUCUUAUGAUAAAGUCUUGUGUACAACAUGGAAUAUCACGCAUAAACAUAUCCAGGAGCAAAAUUCAACUGCAUCCCUUCUGCUCCACCAAUGGGCCUAUUUCGACAGUAAAGACCUCUGGUAUGAGUUACUGCGGAGCGGUCAAUCACACAAAUUGGACUGGCUUCGAGAUCUGACAAGAGACAGAAUCCCCUUUCAUGCGACCAUGAGGCUACUAUGCGAUCACGGGCUUGCGCAGGCUGGUACAGCUACUUUAUCGCGGAUUGCAGAGUCAACUGGGUAUAGCGUGCAUGCUUGCGUUCACUCCUGGAUGAUUAACGUUCUUAAUCGGGAAUCUGACAAUGAUAUGGCGCACGCAGCCAUUGAUUGCGUAGGGUCUCAUGUCCCGAACCGGGAACAACCUGAGUUUUGGUCCAAGCAACGGCGGCUCCUAGGGCAUGCGGAUCGAUGCUAUGACUUGAUCAGUACCAUGCUUGUGGGAUAUGAAGACUCGCGGCUAUUGCAAUUACUAGGUUUCCUCUAUGCCGAUCAAAACCGACUUAGCAAAGCUGAAGCUUUGCUUAACCAAGCAUUUCAAGGGCUCAAGAAGACAUUAGGACCAAGGCACGCAUCAACACUUAACGCAGCCAACACUUUGGGACAAGCCCUUCGCAAUCAAGGCCGACUUAACGAAACUGAAACCAUAUAUAAACAAAUACUCCAAGAAAGAGAAAUGGUAUUAGGGCCAGAGCAUAUAUCAACACUUGAAACAGUCAACAACCUGGGAGUGGUCUACAAAGAGCAAAGCCGACUUAAUGAAGCUGAGGCUUUACUUGAACGAGCACUUCAGGGCUUUGAGAAAAUCAGCCCAGGCCACAAAACGAUAUUCAACAUACUCAAUAACCUGGGUCUUGUUUAUAGCGCCCGAGGCCGGCUUGAUAAAGCUGAAGCUAUAUAUAUACAAGUACUUCAAGGACAAGAAAAGGCCUUAGGACCGGAGCAUAUAUCAACACUUGACGCGGUGAACAAUCUUGGACUUGUCUAUCUUGAUCAACACCAACUUGAUAAAGCUGAAGGCAUGUUCAAGAGAGCUCUUGAAGGGAAAGAGAAAGCAUGGGGGUUAGAUCAUACAUCAACCCUUGAAACAGUCAACAAUUUAGGGCUUGUUUAUAAAAACCAGUUUCAAUUUGAUAAAGCCGAAACUUUACUUAACCAAGCACUUCGAGGGUUUACCAAGCGUCUAGGAGAUAUAUACACUCUCCUAGAUCGAUUCGAAGAAGCUGAAGCUACACUUCAGCAAGCACUUCGAGGUUUCACGAAGAGCCUAGGAAGUCUCUAUAAGAACCUGGACCGAUUUAAUGAAGCUGAAGCGAUGUGUAAGCAAGCAUUUCAAGGUUACGAGAAGGCAUUAGGACCAACGCAUCCAUCAACACUUUUGGCAGCUCAGAGCAUAGGAGAUUUCUAUAUUACACAAGGCCGACUCAGCGAAGCUAAAGAUAUACUUGAGCAGGCAUUCCAGAGGUCUAAGGCACUGGGACCAGAGAAUCCCAUAACACUUGGAAUCGUCGGCGGUCUAGGCCUGCUCCAUACUUAUCAAGGCCGAUUUAGCGAAGCUGAGAAUAUGUUUGAACGGGCAAUUCAGGGAUCCAGAGCAUUGGGACCAGAGCACCCUAUAACACUCGGAAUAGUCAAUUACAUGGGUCAGCUCUACACUAAACAAGGCCAAUUCGACGAAGCUGAAGCUAUGCAUAAGCGAGCGCUUCAAGGGCUUGAGCAGGCAUUUGGAACAGAGAGUAUUCAAGUACUUGAGACAGUAAAUGAUCUUGCCCUGCUUUAUACUAAGCAAGACCGACUUGGCGAAGCUGAAGCUAUGUUUCAACAAGCACUUCAAGGGUUUGAGAAGGCAUCUGGACCAGAGAAAACUUCAACACUCGGAAUUGUCAAUAACAUGGGCCAUCUCUACACUAAACAAGGCCGAUUCAACGAAGCUGAAGCUAUGCAUGAGCGAGCACUUCAAGGAUUUGAGAAGGCCCUGGGGCCCCAUGGUGUUGAGACACACAUCCCCACGUUGGAUUGUCUUGAGUGGUUUGGGGAUGUUUGUUACAAACAAGGAAAAUUGGAAAAAGCCAGGCAAUAUUAUCAUCGUGCACAGAACGGUCUUCGUGCUGUUCUUGGAGCUGAUCACGAACGGGUCAGAAGAAUAUCGGAAGUAUUAGAGGAGAUUGGACAUUGA